AGAAAGCUUCUUGUGUCCCAGGUGGCGCAGGGCAUGGGCGGAGGCGGCGGCGGCGGCGGUGGGCGGAGUCCCUUGGUGGCCAUGGAUGUGUCUAGCUACCUGGCGGGUGGACACACGAGGGACAGGGAGCAGGAACCCUACGCCCGACACGCCUUCAACAGCCUCGUGGCCAACUCCCUCGCGCCGAACAGAAGCAUCCCAGACACGCGACAUUCCAGAUGUCGGGAGCUGCAGUAUGAAGAGGAACCGCUGAGUACCCUAUCCGUGGUGGUCACCUUCCACAACGAGGCGCGCUCCACCCUGCUCAGAACCCUCGUCAGCCUGCUCACGCGGACGCCCCAGGACCUUUUGGAGGACAUCGUGGUGGUGGAUGACGCCAGCGAUGACCCCUCUGACGGGAAGCUGCUGGCCGGGCUGCCGAAGGUGCGUCUCGUCAGGAAUGGGCAGAGGCAAGGUUUGGCUCGGUCCAGGGUGCUCGGAGCAGACACAUCGAGGGGCGAGGCGAUCUUCUUCCUUGAUUCCCACUGUGAGGUCAACGAGGGCUGGGCGACGCCUCUCCUGGAUGCCCUCCGUCAGAACCCUCGCAGCCUCGUGUGCCCCGUAAUAGACGUGAUAGACCAGGACACCUUCGAGUACCGGGCUUCAGGAUCGGUGCUAAAGGGAGGGUUCGACUGGGGGCUGCACUUCCGCUGGGUGCCGCUGACGGAGGAGGAGGCGGGGGCGAGGAGUGACCCGACCUCCGUGUACAGGUCUCCAGUCGUCGGGCGGCCUCUUCCUCAUCGCCCGCAGUGGUGGGAGGAGCUUGGCAAAUGUGACCCCAGCCUGGAGGUGUGGGGGUCGGAGCACCUUGAGAUGUCCCUGAAGGCGUGGCAGUGCGGGGGCGUGGUGGAGGUAGCGCCCUGCAGUCGAGUGGGCCACGUUUUCCGCCGCCGACACCCUUACACCUUCCCCGACGGCAACGCGAACACAUACCUCAGGAACUCCAGACGCGUAGCCGAAGUGUGGCUGGACGAAUUCUCUCACUACUUCUACGAGACGAGACCCAGCGCCCUGCAACAACCAUAUGGCGACGUGGGCGGCCGGCGAGCACUGCGGGACAAGCUGGGGUGCCGGGGCUUCGGGUGGUACCUCAAACACGUCUACCCCGACCUGGGGGCGCCAUCCAAACACGACCUCGCUUACGGGCAACUCCGGCAGCGCAACUUGUGUCUUCAGGGCCCCGAGCCGACCCGCGGAUACAAGAAGGCGCAGAAGAGGCCUCAUCAGGUGGAGGGUCAGGCGCACCAAAGCUCGGGAGGGGAGGUAGCGGCGGCGGCGGCGGCGACGGGGCAGGCGAUGGGGACGGUGGUGACGGUGCGGGAGUGUGCGUCAAGCGAGGCGUUGACGCAGCGUUGGGGGCUGACGCAGGAGGGGGCGGUGACGCAGGGGGAGCGGUGUCUCGCCUUGCUGAGCCCCGACACUCGAGUCUUCCUGCAGCCCUGCGCGGCGGGACCAAAACAGAGGUGGCAGCGGCAGGGGCGUCGGCUGCAGCACGUCGCCUCGUCCCUCUGCCUCGACUCUGCCAGUGCUCGCGACGCCUUGGCCCUACCCUGCCGCGACGCCCUCUACUCACAGCAAUGGGACUUCUCCGUGGAGCUGCAGGCCCUUCCUACCCUGUAAUAACCCCUGCCCCUUCAUAUACCCUACCCUAAGUAACCCCUGCCCCUUCAAUGCCCAACCCUAAGUAACCCCUGCCCCUUCAUUGCCCUACCCUAAGUAACCCCUGCCCCUUCAAUGCCCUACCCUAAGUAACCCCUGCCCCUUCAAUGCCCUAAACUGUAAUGUGACCUCUGUCCCUUCAUAUGCCCCCCUUUGUAAUGUGACCCUGCCCCUUCAAAUAACCCGCUCCCGCGCCUUCAUAUGCCCUACCUGUAAUACGACCCUUGGCCCUUCAAUGCCCUACCCUGUAAUAAAACCCUAUCAUCAUCCCCUGUUACCCCAGUCGUAUAAUGAACCUUGUGCCCAUCCCUUGCUCUCCCCAUCCCCUGUCUUCCUCUCCACCCUGUAAUGAUCCCUGGUGCUGUUCUCAGUGUCUUCCUAUCCAUCUUGUUCUAAUGCUCGUGUACCUACUAACAGCCCGUUAACUCUCUCUUUCCCCCUUCGUAACUUCCUUUCGUUUAUCAUCUCUCAUACUAAUCGACCUUUACAUCUGUCACGUCACACUCACUCAUUUCAUCCAUUUCACCCGUCACCUCUACAUCCCCCCACCUCUCACUCACCCAUUCCCUCUCUUUUACUCUUUAUCUACGUCUGUCGUCAUCCACGUUCCCAUUGUAUCCCUAUUCCCUUUCACCUCAUCAAAUGUCACAACCCACACUCCCUUUCCAUUCCUUUCACUCUUCACCUCACCAGCCAUCCACACGCCACUUCCAUCCUCCGUACAUCGAGACAGUCACUCAGUUAACGCGAUGUCCUGCUACCCUAUCAAGUCCGACGCGUCAGCCAUGUUUAGGGUUUGACCGGUUGUACUAUUGUGUUAUCCUUCACUAUGUUGUUAUCACGCCGUCAUCCUCAAGCCUACCUAUACGUAAUCUGUUGUUAUUGUUGUUAUUACUCAUGUCAUCAGUCUUCAUGUACUCUGUCAUUGUGCAUUGUGUUAUCGGGGACGUAUUCCAAGCUCCACACGUUUAUUAUGUACGAGAUGAUUGUCAGGUUGUAGCAGUCACCGCUCAAGUAGCAAUCACCGCUCAAAUUUCGUGUUCCUU